CCCAUCACUCUGGGGUGGAUAUUCAUUCAUUCAUUCAGGCUAUCCUGGAUCCUUCAAGAAGACAGCAGUAAUACCGUCUUCUUGUUUUGCCUUUUUGGGUUCAGGGCUGAGCUGUAUCGGGCCUCAGGAAAGUUUGAGCUGCUUGAUCGUAUUCUGCCAAAACUGAGAGCAACUAAUCACCGCGUGCUGCUUUUCUGCCAGAUGACGUCCCUCAUGACCAUCAUGGAGGAUUACUUUGCAUUUCGGAACUUCCUGUACCUUCGCCUUGAUGGCACCACCAAGUCUGAGGACCGGGCUGCUUUGCUGAAGAAAUUCAACGAGCCCGGGUCCCAGUAUUUCAUCUUCUUGCUGAGCACCAGGGCUGGUGGCCUGGGCUUGAACCUUCAGGCAGCUGAUACAGUGGUCAUCUUUGACAGCGACUGGAACCCUCACCAGGAUCUGCAAGCACAGGACCGAGCUCACCGCAUCGGCCAGCAGAACGAGGUCCGGGUGCUGAGACUGUGCACCGUAAACAGCGUGGAGGAAAAGAUUCUCGCCGCUGCAAAGUACAAGCUGAACGUAGAUCAGAAAGUGAUCCAGGCGGGCAUGUUUGAUCAGAAGUCUUCGAGCCACGAGCGGAGGGCAUUCCUGCAGGCCAUCCUGGAGCACGAAGAGGAAAAUGAGGUAUUACAGAAAGCCGAGUUUAUGAGAUCAAAGUGA